AACAAUAUCUUUGGUGUUUGAGUUUCAACUUAGUCCAGAACCAUGCCUGCGUUGGUGAGUAAAGCAAAUAGAUAUGAUAAUUGAAAGUAUUGAGUGUCUCUUAGAUGUGUGAAUGCAAUUGUUAGAAUUAAUGUACAAAGAACGUCACGGGACAGGAAUCAAUAGUAUGGCUCCGAACAGCCUGACUGUAUAAAGCUUGUCACAUUAAAGCUUGGAUCAGAAAAUAUAUCAACGUACUGACACAUAAAAGAUGACAUAAGAACGGCCUGUUUCGAGCGAUCUGCUUCAGAACAGUCUGCCUCACAACGCCGUUACUCAGAACAGCCUAGAUCAGAGCAGCCUGUCUAAAACAACCUUAGAAUUGUCAUCCAAUUUACAAGGUGCCACAGAACAAUCUGCCUCAGAUCCUCCUGACUAAUGAAAUCCUGACUCAAAACGGCUUGUCUGAGAACAACUAACUAUGGACGGUCUGUGCAGAACGGUCUGCGUCAGAACAGUAUGCUUCGGAACUGCGUGACUCACACUGCCUGGAUCAGAACAUGCCCCAGAAUGCCCAGCCACAUUAAAGUCUGCAACAGCAAAGCCUGCUUCAUAACAGCCUGCCUCAUAACACCCUGCUUAAUAAAUUUCUGUCGCAUUACAGCCUGCAGAAAGACCUUAAUCAUAGCAGCCUACCAAAGAACAAGCUGUCUCAGAACAAAAGUACUAAGAAAAGACUGUCACAGAAGACCUGUCUCAAAGCGUCAUGGCACAGAGCAUCCUGGAUCAAAAGAAUAUGUCUCAGUAGAGCCUGCUCCAGAACGGCAACUAGCAUUAAAGCCUGCCAUAGAUUAGCGUAUCUCAGACCUUCCUGGCAAUGCAAAGCCUGUCUCAGAACAUGCUGUCAAACAACAACUUUAUUAAGAAUGGCCUUUCUGAACGGUCUGCCCCAGUACAGUCUGCCUCAGAAUGGAGCUACUCAGAUCAGCCUGGAUCAGUACAGGCUGUCUGGGAACAGCCUGUCCCGAACGGCCAAAAAAUUAAAGUCUGUCACAGAAAAUACCGCCAUAUAAAGUCAUGUACACAGAAAUGACUGAUUCAAAACUGCCUUUCCUAGAAAAGCUUGCAAUAAGAACGGUCGAUUCAGAACGUUCUGCUUCAGAUCAGCCUGCCUGAUAACGGCUUGACUCAGCAGAGCAUGCAACAGAACAGUCUUGAUCAUAAAAGCCUAACACAGAAAAGCUUGUUUCAUAACCCCCCUUCUUAAGAAAGGGCUGUCACAUUACAAUAUGAUUCAGAACGACCUUAAUCAUGACCUUAAUCAUGACAGUCUACUAUCGAAAAAACUGCCCCAGAAUGACAAUUCUCAGAAAAGCCUGCAACAGAAAAGCCUGUCCCAGAAUGUUCUGCCUCGUAACAGACUAAAAUAGAACAGCCUGACUUAAUCGGCCAGUCUCAUAACAGGACAGCUUUAUCAUAAGAGCCUGCAACAUAAAAUGUCUCAAAAAGACAUGUUUUAGAACAGCCAGCCUCAAAACAGCAUGUCACAAAAGAUGAUGCCGUAUUAUAGCAUUCUACAGAACGAUCUGUUAAAUAAGAGUGUGCUUCAGAACAACCUGCUACAGAAUAGCCUUAUUAUAACAGUCUUUUAAAUAAUGGACUGCCUAUGCCCAGAAUUCAUCUGAAUGAUCUGCAUUCAUAUUACACUAUCUUAAAACAGCCUGACUAAGAACUGCUUGCCUUAAAAUAGCCUGCCACAUAACAGUCUUCCGUGUACCAACUUGCAACAGAACAACCUGCCUGCGAAUGACAUUUUCCCAGAAUAGCAUGUCACAGACAAACCAGACUAAUAACUGCCUGUCUUAGAACACCCUGCCUAAAAACGGAAUGUCUGUGGACAGACUACAACUGAAAGACCUUCAACAGGAGAGUGUUUCUCAAUUCAGGCUGAUUAAUAACAUUUAUCCUCAAAACAGCCAGGCUAUUAGAGACAUCCUUAUAACAGCUUGCAACUGAACAACUGACUAGGAAUUGCCUGCAACAGAACAUGUUUGAAAACAACCAGGCUCUAAACAUCCUCUCCUAGAGCAGCCUGCCUCAUAACAUAAUUCAACAGAACAAUCUACCACAUAAUAACGUUUCAUAGAAAGGCCUGCUUCAUAACAGACUGACUCAAACAGCUGUAUUCAUAAUAAUCUGUCACCGAGAAGCGUUCUCAUAACACCCUGCAAGAUAACAAACCUUACAGAACAUUACCUCCAAGUAUGGAAUAUCUCAGAACCUGACUUAAAGUAAACUGCUUGCAUCAGAAUAACUGCCUCAGAACAAUUCAUGUCAUAACAGCCCGCAAAAGAACAGCCUGUCCAAUAAAAGCCAGCUUUACCUCGGCCUCCCUCCUAACAGCCUGCCAUAGAACAGCAUGACAAAGAAGGACAGGUCUUAUUAGAGCCUGCCAAACAGAGGCCUGUAACAGAACAACUUUUCUGAAAAUUACAAAAAAAAAAUACCACAGAACCGCCUGACUUGGAAUGUCCUGCCUCACAUCGGACUGUCACAGAACAGCGUGCCUCAUAACUACCGGCAUCAUAAUAGCCUGACAAGAUACAACCUUAUUUAGAAUGACCUGUGACAAAGAUAAUUAUUUAUAACAGCCAGAAAUAGAACAUCAUUCCCCAGAAUGGCUUGGAUCAUGUCAGCCUGCCUCAAAUCGAAAACGUAUCCCAAGACGUUACAUCUUUAGCCAGCAACACAACAUUCAUCACAAUACGUGCCACGCUACAUAGUAGACAUCACUAAAGCCAGAGAAAUUCGUUAGCAGCGAAUGAACAGUGAAAACCACGCUUUCAGGAAUAAAUCGAUCUUUUCCUCAAACAAAACCACAUAAUCGGAUAAGGCAUCAGAUGAUUGUGAAGUAGAAUCUUAAGCAGAUAGACACGCGAUAUGGGCAGGAUAUCUGAUUCCAUUGGUCAACAUGAUGUUUAAAACGAUAUUGCAAGUCGUAUCAAUGUUGUUUUAUCACAAAAAGCAUAUAUAAUGAAUUCGCUAUGUUGCAGGGAAAGGAAGAUGGUGAGCCAACUUUUGAACAUGACAUCUCCAACUAUCCAAGAAACCCUAAGGAUCAAAAUUAACAUUAACCUCUCGAGACAAAAUUGAAUUCAAAGACUUACACAGCCCUAUAUUUAUUCGGUGAAACUAAGUGCAGCCAAAUUGAGAGUGCGAAAUGUACGAUAAGCCUGGGUUAUAGCCAAACUAAGCGUGGGAAAGAUACGGUGAACCAUGGUUAUAGCCAAACUAAGCAUGGGAAAGAUACAGUGAACCAGGAUUUUAGCCAAACUGAGAGUGGGAAAGAUACAGUGAUCCAGGGUUAUAGCCAAACUGAGCGGGGUAAAGAUACGGUGAACCUGGGUUAUAGCCAAACUGAGAGUGGGAAGGAUACGGUGAACCUGGGUAAUAGCCAAACUGAGAGUGGGAAGGAUACGGUGAACCUGGGUUAUAGACAAAUGAAGCUUGUGAAGUGUCUAGUUAAACAAGGUGGCUGUCGAGUAUGAGCGUUCAUUAGUAAUUGUUGCGACUCAAUAUUAUGUUCAUUAGUUGUUGAACGCUUUUCCCGCGCUUGACUAUUAUAGUUAGUGAACGCUCUUCCCACCAUUGUCUUUAUGACGUAUUUUUAUGCUGAGUCGUGACGUAUUGUCUAUGCAGUAUUGUGACGUAUGUUUUAGUCGUGCGGCAGUCUUGAGUGGAACUUUGGAGUGAUAGGAUGUUUAUUAUAUUUACUUAGAUAUUAAAGUUAUAGUUAUUAUGAAAAGGAGUUGAGUUAUUCAAUGAUAAGGAGAAUAGUACGACGCUUCAACGUGUGAAAAGAACUGACGAAAGUAAUCAAUCCAAGAAGACGUUAUAGGAGUUGACAUGGGGGCUCGUCCGGGAGCCAGGGCUGCUCAAAUUUUCAUAUUGUUUCGGAUAGUUGUAAUGAUAAUGAUUCACCUGUAAAUGUGAGCCAGGGCUGCUCAAAUGUUCAUAUUGUUGCGGAUAAUUGUAAUGAUAAUAAUCACCUGAAAGUGUGAGCCAGGGCUGCUCAAAUUUUCAUAUUGUUACGGAUAGUUGUAAUGAUGAUGAAUCACCUGUAAAUGUGAGCCAGGGCUGCUCAAAUUUUCAUAUUGUUACGGAUAGUUGUAAUGAUAAUGAAUCACCUGUAAAUGUGAGCCAGGGCUGCUCAAAUUUUCAUAUUGUUACGGAUAGUUGUAAUGAUAAUGAAUCACCUGUAAAUGUGAGCCAGGGCUGCUCAAAUUCACAUAUUGUUACAGAUAGCUGUAACGAAAAUAAAUUCCCAAGUAAUGUGAGUGAAGGUUGUCCAGAUUUUGAGAGCAAGGAGUGCCCUAACAUAAAGUUGGAAACCAAUGUUGAAUUAGUUAAAGAGAGCGCUGCCAGCUCUAAAGGUGCACUUGUUUAUGAUUUUCAAGAGGAGGUGAGAUGUCAGGUCCAUGAGUUGGGAGGUGAGGCUUUUGAUUGUAUUGUUAAAAAAAAUGAAUCUGUUAAAAUGAACUAUUGCCAUGAUUGCUUUGAAGUUCCUGAUUUGUUUGAAUUUCUUUUUUAUCUGACUCUUUCAUUUUGUAACAAUUUAAAAAUAUGUAUUGUAAAACUUAGGUUUCACAUGAGUUAUGACCACGGGUCAAAAGAACAGGGAGAGAUAAUUCUAAUAAACAUGUUGAAGCAUAAAGUUGUGAAAUCCACGGACAAAAGAUAUGUCCCACCAUCUGUAUCUGUGUUAUUUAAGAGCAAAUAAAGGCUGCUUAAAUUGUGAUGAGGCAUCUCUCACCUUUAAUAAUGUUCGAUAGUUUUGUGUUUUUAUAGUGAUGACCAUUGGUUUUGUUUAAAAACACACCUUCUUGAUGAUAUGAAUAUGAUUUGGAUUAAGUUAGUUAUAGUUUCAAAUUCAGUAGGAUAUUGAUGUAUUUUCCCUGAUUUUUUAGAAAAAAAUAUAAUUAGAUAAAAAUAUAAUAUUUUUAUUGGUAUGAAAAAUGAAAAUUAAUAUUGACAUUCAAUUUCAAUGGUCUGAUUUUUAUUGUCGUACAUGAAUUUUUAACUCUUGAAUUGCAUUUAAAAUUAUGUACGAAGUAUUGUUAUUUUAUUGCAGUAUAUCAUAAAUCUGUUUGAUUUUCAGUGAAACCUAAAUAAUGUUUUUUGAUAAGGAGAAUUCAUAUGGCUGAAGGUCUCUUCUUGAUGUAAUUCAUGUAAAUUGUGUGUGUAUAGUGACGAUUUAACUCCCUUAGUUAAAUCUGAAAUGAAAGAGGGGGGAUAUGUCGAGUAUGAGCGUUCAUUAGUAAUUGUUGCGACUCAAUAUUAUGUUCAUUAGUUGUUGAACGCUUUUCCCGCGCUUGACUAUUAUAGUUAGUGAACGCUCUUCCCGCCAUUGUCUUUAUGACGUAUUUUUAUGCUGAGUCGUGACGUAUUGUCUAUGCAGUGUUGUGACGUAUGUUUUAGUCGUGCGGCAGUCUUGAGUGGAACCUUGGAGUGAUAGGAUGUUUAUUAUAUUUACUUAGAUAUUAAAGUUAUAGUUAUUAUGAAAAGGAGUUGAGUUAUUCAAUGAUAGGGAGAAUAGUACGACGCUUCAACGUGUGAAAAGCACUGACGAAAGUAAUCAAUCCAAGAAGACGUUAUAGGAGUUGACAGUGGCAGCAACAUGAGAAUGCGAAUGUAUGAUGAACCUGGGUGGCAACAAAAUUAAUAAGGCGAAGUGACGGUGAAACGGAGGGGCAGCAAAAAUGAGACUUCAUCUAGGUCCGUAAACCUGAGUGGGAGCCAAAGCGUACGGAUGAGAUGUCGUCAAUAGUCUUCGUGCAAAACUCAACAUGUUAAAGUUCAACUUGUCACAUUUUCCCACUUUUCAAGUUAAUGAGAAUCACUGUUGAGAGGGAGACCGAUUUUACGUCAUUGAGAUGUGUCGAUUGUUGUUUGUUUAUCGUGGUUUAGCUUACUAAAACAUGUCGUGAACAUAAAGUUUGAUAUUGAGAGUUCAUUAAGAUUUAGAGUUAGUGAGUGAUGGUGAGGUCACGCUUGUAAUCGAUCGUGUACGCUUGUAAUCGAUCGUGUUUGAUAGUGUGUGUUGAUGAGAAGACGUUUCCACUUAAGGAUAUUGUGACGGAUGCCAAGAAUUAAAAUGAGCCCUAUUAUUUCAUGAAGUUUAGUUAGCUCUGGCAUUCGAAAUGCAUCAAACUUAGUGCAUAGCUUGACAGUGUAAUAAUGUACCAAAAACAAUUUAGACAGAAUUACUCAACGGUUCUUGAUUAAAGAAACAAGAAAAGGUUGACGUUUCAGACAAUGAAAAGUACGAAAGUCAACCAACUCAAAAACAAGGACAAAUGCUGGAAAUUUGAACAAAUAUUUGCUCCAAUGUUGUAACCCUAACCCUAAUCAUAACCCUAACCCUAACCCUAACAAAUAUUUACCCCAAUGUUGUUUUAAAACAAAAUUUCCGUCUCUGAAUGCCUUACUCUAAACAUUUCACACAAAACAAACUUAACCGUUCAAAGCUCUUUCUCCUAGAAACUCUAGCGUACCUUCUUUAUGAACAUUAGAAACAUCAUGUCAUCAUUAAUAUAUAAAGCAAUUAAAAAAAUCUUGUCUUCAAUUCCAUAUGAUCAAUAAGAAGCAUCUUGUCAUAACUUCAAUAUAAAAAAUAAGAAACAUCUUGUCAUAACUUCAAUAUAAAAAAUAAUAAACAUCUUGUCAUACUUCAAAAUGAACAAUGAUAAAAAUCUUGUCAUAACUUCUAUAUACACAAUAAGAACAAUUUGUCAAUGCUUGAAGUCAUAACUUGUUUUUAUUAUAAUCUUUCCCAAAUUAUGAAAAAGCCUUCAAAUAGAAAAUGUUCUGAAAAAAAUGAAACAUUCGGUGCCUAAUUGAUUUCUCUCGUUUCAUUUCUGGGACAAAAAAAUAAUCAAUGUUUUUAAAAAUUAUGUUAAUAUAAAAUUACAGAAAACAUUUUUUUUUAAACGUACAGCACGGCAAGGGAAAAAGUAUAACACUAGAAUAUUGCAAAAGUUCAUCCACCUUUACAAAAUGAAAAUGAAAAAUACUAGAAUGGUUAAGAAAUUAGCCCACAUUCAAAACUGAAAAGGUAGAAAGCUAGAAUGGUGCAAGAAUAAUCAACAUUCAAAAUAAUAAAAAAUUAUAACACUAGAAUGCCGAAAAAAUUAAACAACAUUCACAAAGUGAAAAAAAAAGUAUCGAACUAGAAUGGUGCAAAAAUUAAUCCACAUUCACAAAGUAAAAUAUACAUAAAUAUAUAUACUAGAAUGAGGCAUAACUUAAUCCACUUUCACAAAGUAAAAAAGUAUAAUACUAGAAUGUUGCAAAAAUUAAACCACAUUCUCAAAGGGAAAAUAUUGUAAUUCUUUUAAGGUUGGUAAGUCUCUUGAGUCUGUUGGUUAUUGUUGACCGUCGUAUUUAUAUUAAAGCUAUCAGAGUCCUCCAGAGCAGAAAGUCUAGAAAUUAAAUAGUCAUAGAGUAAUGUCUAUGUCUCAGUAGACUUUAUGGAAAUUAUAAACCCAUUUUGCCAAUCAAGUUCAGUGAGAUAAAGUGGGGCCUUCCGUAUCACGAAUUUAAUUGGUGACGCCAGUCAAUAAAAUCAUAAGGGGAAUCAAGGAAUCAAAAGUAGGUCAACACAGUUUAUAAUAGAAGCAUGAACAUUUAUAUAUCAGGUUCUACAAUGUGUUCCUUAAAUUGUGUACAACUUACUCUAUAGCACCAUGUAAUAGACUACUACAAUUAUGUCAUCUUGCAAAUGAAGAUCUCCUCAAUCUCAAUCAUUAUUUCCAAAAAAAUAUACACUUUUGAAGUCAAAGCAAACAUACACAUGGAAAAUCACACACAUGUGCGUUACUAACCACACACAUAUACAUAGCUACCCGUACACAUACACAUGGCUAACUGUGACGAAAUGGAGCUUACCUGAAAAUGUGCAUGUACUCACGACGAGCUACUUAGAAUCCCCCCCCCCUUUUUUUUGUGAGGUUAGGGCGAGUUAUUUCCCCUGAUCCCCGUAAUCCCACGUGGCACUGAUAAAUAUUUCGACCAGCCUACUGGACCACGAACUGGACCACGAACUGGACCAUAAACUGAACCACGCAGUAGAAACGCCGCCCCACCCGACUCGCCUAGGGUGAUCGAUUAUUGAAACAACGUCAACCAUCAGAAUAUUAAGUUCAUUUGACUCAGAUAUCACAUGGUAGUGAUUGUCCAAUAAGCAAUUAGAAUAGAAUCACUAUAAGGCCGUUGCAAAAAGCUUUCCUUUUCGAUAUCGACUGUGAAGCCAUUAGUUAACUUAGAGUACCUUAAAGCCGGCUUUUCUAAACCUAGUGUGUGGGACGAACAUUUCGACUUCAUUUCUUUAUUUGCAUUACCAUGUACAUAGCUCUUUAAACAUUUGUAUGGUCAUUCUGAUUAGAAUGAAUGUAUAUAAUUCAUUUGUACUUUAUACGUUCUCAAUGUUUGAAAUACGCCUCCAUCAUAGGGCACGUGUCGGCAACUUUGAGAAUUAAUUAUCUAGACCUAUUCCCAUCGUAUGGAUGGUGAUGUGGCCACUUGAUAGUUGCUAGCCAUUAUGUUAUCCAUUUUAAUUAGUAGGAAAUAUUACAUUAAUCAAUUGUAUAUAUUAUUAAGUCAUUGUAUAAUUAUGUUUGAAACGAAUCAUUGAUGCGUGAGGACGCUAGCCACCCAUGCUUGUGCCGACAAUGGUGAGGACGCUAGCCACCCAUGCAUGUGCCGACAAUGGUGAGGACGCUAGCCACCCAUGCUUGUGCCGACAAUGGUGAGGACGCUAGCCACCCAUGCUUGUGCCGACAAUGGUGAGGACGCUAGCCACCCAUGCUUGUGCCGACAAUGGUGAGGACGCUAGCCACCCAUGCUUGUGCCGACAAUGGCGAGGACGCUAGCCACCCAUGCUUGUGCCGACAAUGGUGAGGACGCUAGCCACCCAUGCUUGUGCCGACAAUGGUGAGGACGCUAGCCACCGAUGCUUGUGCCGACAAUGGUGAGGACGCUAGCCACCCAUGCUUGUGCCGACAAUGGUGAGGACAAAUAAGGUUAUCGCAACGGACAUUAACAUUGUAAAACUCAUCUCCUUUGACGCCUCGAUCUGAAUUCGUUGCCUCUGGAAAGGAAUUUGUUGACUUCGAGAAUAUUAGAACCGUUUUUCUCUUUAUUUCUUUGACCAUCCUUCACAUACAACAUGGCUGCUACAUUGCCGUAUUGCUGCAGGACAGCCAACCGCACCUAAGCAGCUGAAUUAAGGGAACUGUUACCUGAGGCCUGAGUCCACGAACUCUGCCAGGAAUCGAUCCGGAGGACCAAUUCAUCGCCCGCAACGAUAGAACUGCGUGCUGAUGGACUUUACUUCCAAAGAGAAGUCUCAUAUACACCCACCACAGCAUACUGGGGAAUAGAUACCCCAGAAGGUAUAUUUGUGACUGGUAUCAUCUACCUGUGUGAACGCCCUGAAAAGUGCUGUGCCCUGAAAAGCCACCACGUAAAUAGGAUUUAGAGUCCAAUUCCACAGUGAAUGGAUCUCGGUAUUGCACUGCCGUAACAUCUAUUUGCUUGAACGCCCUGAAAAGCGCUGAGCCCUGAAAAGCCAUGAUGUAAAGAAUUGAAGAAUUUUCUUCCACCAUUGAAGUAAUUCCAUUGCAUCGCAUUGCUCUGUUAUCCACUUACGUGAUCGCCCUCAGAAGCGCUCAGCCCUGAAAAGCAGCGGGGUAAAGAUUCAGAGGAGCCACCUCCACAUCGAGGUGAAACUACCACUGACUGAUCAAUCCAGAUGAUCAGAACGAUUGACUGAUAAUGUAUGUGUGAAAUGUCUGAGUAUAAACGCUAAUAAUACAAAGCAAAGCAACUGUUAUGAGAAAUAGGCUAUACGGGAGGCCAUUGUUCAUAAUAUACUAGAACUUAGAUUAAUUUUUAUAAAAGUUGUUUUGCCGACCCUUCACUAUCAUACCACAUAUAAAUACACCUCUAAAUUACUAAGAUAAUUUCAUUUACUGAAUGGUGUUAUGAAGUAUUUCAUAGUUAAGGCAUAAAUAAGUAAUGUAAUUAUGCCUCUUAGUGUGUGAAAUCGAUAUAACCAAAUACCCAUAAACACAAGUACGUGUGACACUCAUCAGAGAGUUGUUCCAACAACCCCUAAUAUAAAAAUCAUUUAACCACACUGACCUCACACACACAUCGAUAAAACACACACAUACACAUGGUGAACCUCGCACAUACACAUGGGUAACCACACACAUACACAUGGCCAACCGGACAGAAAUACAUAGUUAGCCACUCACAUGCUCAUGGAAAACAACAAUAAUACACAUUGCUAACAGCACACAUAAACAUUGUUAAUCGAACAUAUACACAUUGCUAACAGCACACAUAAACACGGAAGCGUGAUUUAAUUUAAAAAAAUGCCGAGCUUUGAUUUAACUAUCAAUUUAUAUUUACACAGAAAUCAGUCUUACUGCUUCUUUCAAUGAGCCAUUACGUCUCCGUGCGCUGUCAAGGUGAGUAUUAUUGCAAUAAGCAAUUACUUCUCGGUGAGCUGUCAAGGUAAUAAUUAUUGUUAUAAGUCAUAACGCCCCAGUGAGUCGUCUAAGUAAGUAUUAUUGUAAUAAGCUAGUUCGUGUGCGCUGUCAAGGUAAGCAUAAUUGUAAUAAGCCAUUACGUCCUGGUGAGCUGUCAAGGUAAGUAUUAUUGUUACAAGCUAUUACGUCUUUGUGAGUUGUCAUGGUAAGUACUAUUGUAACAAGCCAUUACAUCCUGGUGAACAGUCAAAGUAAGUAUUAUUGUAACAAGACAUUACGUUCUGGUGAGCUGUCAAGGUAAUUAUUAUUGUAACAAGCCAUUACGUCCUGGUGAGCUGUCAAGGUGAGUAUUAUUGUAAUAAGCGAUCAAGUCGACCAGUGUGUCAACAUGUUCGGUUCAAUUGGCUUUGUCGUGUCCAGUCUGCUUGUGUGUCAAUGAGUUCAAUUCAAUAAGCUAUUUCAUGUCACGUCUGCCUGUGUGUAAUUGAGAUCAGUUUAAAGGCUAUGCCAUCUCAAGUCUGCUUGGGUGUCAAUGAGUUCAGUUCAAUAAGCUUUGUAUUUAAGCAAGUCAUAAAUGCACCCCAAGUGUCCUGGCUUUGUAACCAAAUACAUCAGUUAUUGAUAUGUCUAAUCAAUAUCUCUUCGUCUGAGUAGGUUUUAGUUGUUUUAACUUCCUAUUUUCGAUCUCUUCUCUUUACACGCUUUGAUCUUUAAGCCACCUGAAAGACAACAAAAUGAAACGUUAACAAACAACAAACGGUCUUGUUUACAAAUUAGCAGAUCAUUUUUUAUAAAUUAAUUUACUUUCAAUGUUAAUACUUUUAUUAACAGGGUGUUCUCCCAUCCAGGAAAAUCUGAACUUAUUUCACAGAUAUGAGCAUUCGGGGAAAACGUACUUCAUGUCCAAGGCUACUUACAUUUCUGACGUUGCCUCUUCUGCCAUGUGCAAAACGUUGUGUGGCUACCUCGCUGAGAUAGAUGAUAAAGAUGAACACGAUUUUGUCGUUUCAAUAAAUUAUAAGCACUACCAAUAUGGCAUAUUGGUAGCAGGGACAGACAAGUACAAAGAGGGCAGCUGGGAGUAUGAUAGGACCUUGAAAAGUGUAAAAUACUUCAACUGGUGCCUGGCACUUGGAGAACCUAAUAAUAGCAAUGAUCAAGACUGCAUGGGCGUCAGCAACAAGGACGCUUGCAUGUUAGACCACCAAUGUGUUUAUGAAUAUGGGAAAUAUGAUUUCCAUUACUUAUGUGAAGUAGAUUAAAUAUUGGAUAAAAAGAUUAUACAUUGAUUUAUCAAAGUUUAGGCUCGGGAUUUUCAAUCUUUAGAUGAGCUUGGCUUUUGCCAUUGUUUAUGUCAACAUAUGAGUUUGGCUCAUGUUAUUGUAUAUGUCAACAGAUGAGCUUGACUUUUGCUAUUGUUUUAUCUUUCUCUCUUCAAAUCUAAAUUUGUUUGAGUUCAGAUCGUGACUGACAACGCCAGAUGUUACACAAGGUUUAAUAGCAAGACAAAAAUUAUUUUAAAAAUUCAGAGUUAACUGUAAUAAUCAAAACUAUGCUGAGACUUUGAUCAAAACAUUUUAAUGAAGUAACAUUUUUUUUUUAAAUAAGCAAUAUUUGAUUGUAUAGAACAGCGGUUCUCAACUUGGGGGUCGAACGAGCUUUUCUCAGGGGUCGCCUAAGACCAGCGGAAAACACUUGUACUUUCCAGUUAUAACGUGGCAACCAACAUAAUUUUUUGGUUGGGGUUCGCCACAACAUGAGAAACUUUAUUAAAGGGUAACGGCAUUAGAAAGAUUGAGAACCACUGGUAUAGAACAUACCGUUGGAAAUAUUUAAUUGUAAUAAACAAAACUUAUUUAAACAUAUAUGAUUAAAACUAUAUUUGUUUCUCUCCCAAAUUCUUAUUAUAGCUUUUCACUGUGUUAUUUUGGAAGGUGUCAAAUGUCGAAC